AUGUCCUACCUAAAGGUAGUUCAUUGCACUUUAUGUCUUAAACAUGGUGCUAGCCUAUCUUCUAAAUCUAUGCUGUUCAAAGUUGGUAACUAUAAACCAAUACAGCAUCUUGCAAGACUAUCCACAACAUGUCAUCUAAAAAGCAACUUGCCUAUAACUACUCAAAAUACAACACCUACAAACAAAAAAAGCAAAAACGUUCCUCAAGACACAAGAGUGUGGAAAGAGACUCCUACUCAUGAUGUUAAGAAUAAUUUAGUUAAUUAUUGUAUGAUGCUUUCCAAAUUUAGAUUAACUUCUUUAGUAGUAAUGACAUCAAUGGCUGGCUACGCCCUAGCUCCAGCUCCAUUCGACUUAACAACAUUUGCAUUAUGCACUGUGGGCACGGGCCUUGUGAGUUCUGCAGCAAAUUCUAUUAACCAGUACCAUGAAGUUCCCUUUGAUGCUCAGAUGUCUAGGACUAAGAAUAGAGUGCUUGUAAAGGGUUUGUUAGAACCAGUACAUGCGAUAGGCUUUGCAGCAGCGACAAGUAUUACUGGACUUAGUGUUUUAUACUUUGGUGUUAAUCCAUUGACAGCAGCACUGGGUGCUGGAAAUCUUAUCCUAUACACCUCGAUAUAUACACCAUUAAAGAGAAUAUCUAUCACUAAUACUUGGCUGGGCUCAGUUGUGGGCGCCAUACCUCCUUUGAUGGGGUGGGCGGGGUGCGCGGGCGGGCUGGACGCGGGCGCGCUAGUGCUCAGCGCGCUGCUCUACUCGUGGCAGUUCCCGCACUUCAACGCGCUCUCGUGGAACCUGCGCCCGGACUACUCGCGCGCCGGUUACAGGAUGAUGGCCGUUACUGAUCCCGCGCUGUGUCGUCGCGUGGCGCUGCGGCACACGGCCGUGAUCACGGCCACGUGCGUCGCCGCGCCCUACCUCGGCGUCACCAACGGCUGGUUCGCGCUGGAGUCGCUACCACUUAAUAUUUACUUUAUGUACUUAGCAUGGGAGUUCUACAAGAAAUCGGACAGUGGAAGUUCAAGGAAGCUCUUUAGAUUCUCUCUAAUUCAUCUACCAGCACUUAUGUUACUAAUGCUAGUCAAUAAAAAGUACUGGAGUUCGAGCCAUACUCAAGAACAGGAACAAGAAGUUACAGUGAAAACUCAAGAUAUUAAGCAUCCUGAGUCUAAAAGGAUCACAGUUUUGCCCCGAGGCCCUGUCGUCGCCGCGCAAGACUCGUACAUUGACGGUCAAACUAAUCAA